AUGGCGUCGUCGCUGCUCGGCCGGCUGAAGGCCAUCGAGGUCGACCGGGACUUGCUGGUCUUCAAGAUCCUCUAUACCUUUGUCGCCGCCACCUUCGCCUCACUCGGGCCCUUCCUGUCGGUGAUCUUCGCCGGGCGCGGGCUCACCCCCUCGGAGAUCGGGAUCAUCCUCUGCGCGCGGCCGUUCGUCUUCUUCGCCGGGGCCCCGCUCUUUUCCAUCAUCGCCGAUCGGGCCCGGCGGACUCGGUGGCUGCUGCUGACGGUCUUCGUCCUGAGCGCGGUCAUCCGCACGCUGAUCGCCUUCAUCCCGGCCGAGCGCUUCGCCCUGCUGGCCUUCGUGGUGCUGACGUGCGAGUUCUUCGGCAGCCCGGUGUACUUCCUCAUCGACACCGUGGUGCUCAAGGUCCUGGGAAAGAACUCCGAUCGCUAUGGCCAGCAGCGCCUGUUCGGCAGCAUCGGGUGGGGCCUCGCCUCGCCGCUUGUCGGCUUUGUUGUCGAAGUGUCCGACAGCGAAAACUGGUACUACUACUUCCAGACCAUCUUCCUGGUGUUCACCGUCCUCACGAUCACCUUCGGCAAGUGGCCCAAGGAGGGCGCCGACGCGGCAAACCCCAACGCCGAUGCCGAGGCCGCCGAGGCCCCUCUCGGCGAUGCCGCGCCCGAUCGCGAGGCCCCGGACGCCUCGUCCUUCCUGGACCUGGUCCGGCUGCUGAAGAACCCCAUGACGCUGAUGUUCUUCGUGAGCGCCUUCAACAAUGGCCUGCUCAUGUCCCUGGUGUCGGUGUACCUCUUCGUCUUCCUGCGGUCGCUCAACGGCACGCCCACCCUCAUGGGGCUGACGCUGACAUUCACCUGCAUCGCCGAGGUGCCGCUCUUCUUCUUUGCCGAUCGCUUCCUCCGGCGCUUCGGCCCCGGGUGGCUCAUCGUCUCCGGGUAUGUGUCCUUCGCCCUGCGCUUCACGUACUACGCCCUGCUGGGCAACCCCUGGGCCGUCCUGCCGGCCGAGCUCCUGCACGGCGUCACGUACGGCAUCGACUGGGCCGCCAAGACCGAGUAUGUCCGCCGGAUUUCGCCCCUCUCCCGCCUGGCCACCGUCCAGGGCAUCCUCGGCGCCAUCUACUGGGGCAUCGGCCAGGGCUGCGGUGUCCUGCUGUGGGGGUUCAUCUACGACGCCCUCGGCCCGCGCAAGCUCUUCGUCAUCGGUAUCUCGAGUGUUCCCACGCCCGGCGAACCAUUGGCACCUGGCAUGGGACGGAAUCGCGUCUGGUUGAUCGGCCGCCGGGCCGGAGUUCACCCUCCCCGCAUUGCCCCCGCCGUCAUGUCUGGUUUGACUGCUUUGACGGACUUCUGUGACCAGCAUCUGGACCUGCUGGCCCAGGAGCAGGAGGAAGCUGCCGCCGCCACUUCCGAGGCCAUGGCCACCCUCUCCAAGCGCGAGCUCAUCCUCAGCGGACUCAUUUUCGCCGGGCUCGAGAUGGCCUCCUCCCGCAUCGGCCUCAAUGGACGCUUCUUCCUCACCUUCGAGCCGCCGCGCAACGGCCUCUUCACCUCGCAGUCGCACUUCCGCCCCGGUGACCUGGUCCACAUCAGCCCGGACACCGCCGAUGCCGAGACCAAGGUCCCUGCUGUGGUCAUUUCGCUCGACGCCAAGUCCCUGGUGGUCUCCACCGAGUCGGACCUGCCUCUGGAGAUUGUGGACGCCACGUUUCUGCGGGUUUCCUAUGUUGCCAACUCCGUUCCGUACCAGCGCAUGAAGGGCGCGCUGGAGCGACUCAAGACCCGCGGCAUCAAUGCCCCCUUCGCGCAGGUGGUCUUCGACGACCAGACCCCGCGGUUCUUCGCCCUCAACGAGCAGGUCGACAUGCUGAACCCGAAGCUGGACGCCAGCCAGCAGGCCGCCGUUCGCCAUGCCCUGGCCGCCGAGUCGGUGGCCCUCAUCCACGGCCCUCCCGGCACCGGGAAGACCACGGUCGUGGUGGAGAUCAUCCGCCAGCUGGUCCUGCGAGGCGAGCGCGAGCGCCAGAACAACCCCCAUGCCCGGCCCUUCCGGGUGCUGGUGUGCGGCCCGUCCAACAUCUCGGUGGACAACAUCGCCGAGCGCCUGCUCCCAUGCCCGGAGGUGCGCAUGGUCCGCAUCGGGCACUCCUCGCGUGUCAUGCCGAAGGUCCAGCAGGUGACCCUCGAGACGAUGCUCUAUGAGUCUGACCAAGGCGAGGUCCUGCGGGACUUGCGCCGCGAAAUCCAAACCAACGUCCUGUCACUCACCGGCUCGAAAUCCACCUACGGCCACCGAGCCCGGGCGUAUGCCGAGCUGCGCGUCCUGCGCAGGGACCUGGCCAGGCGCGAGGCCAAGCUCCUGGACCACACCCUGCUGCAGGUGCCGAACGUCGUGCUGUCCACCCUGAGCGGCGCCGACUCGCGGCACGUUCGGUCCUUCGGGGGCCCUCGCGAUGCGGCCUCCAGCCCGGGCGGGCCGCCCUUCGACUAUGUCAUCAUCGACGAGGUGUCCCAGUCGAUGGAGGCCGAGUGCUGGCUGGCCGCGCUGCGCGGGCGCCGGCUGAUCCUCUGCGGCGAUCCGCACCAGCUCCCGCCGACGGUGACCCUGUCCAACCCGCGAGGGAAUGCCAUCCUGUCGCACACGCUCUUCGAGCGCCUGGCCCGGCGCUGGUCGACCUCCUUCGUGCCGAGCAGCCCGCCCGCCGGGGUGCCGGUCCCGGGGCCGCACCCGGAUGCCCGGCCCGCCAAUGACCCGGUCACCAUGCUGACCGUGCAGUACCGCAUGAAUCGGCACAUUGCCGAGUGGUCCAAUCGCCGGCUGUACCAGGGCCGCAUUGAGUCGGCCCCGGCCGUGGCCGGCCACCUGCUGGCGGACGUGGUCCCCGAGCCGGCCGGCGGCGGCGGCGGCGGCGGCAAGUCCACCCAGUCCGGGCCCCUGCAGCCGCUCCUGGCCCAUCCCCUGGUGUUCAUCGACACGGUCGGGUGCGCGGGCUUCGAGGAGGUCAACCCGAGUGCCGGGGCGGCCGGCGGCCCGGCGACCGGUCCGCCCGGGGCCAAGCGCCUCCUCCGGCAGGUGCUCGCCUCCGAGUCCAAGAGCAACCCGAAUGAGGCGCGCCUGGCGGUGCUGCUGGCGCACAUGCUGCUGGCGGCCGGCCUGUCGCCGGAUGCCCUGGCCAUCAUCUCGCCCUACGCGCAGCAGGUCCGCCAAAUCACCGCCGGCCUGGCGCACGUCCAGGCCACCUCGCCGCCGGUCCCGGCGUCGCACGCGUCCAGCUCGCCGGGGGCCGGCCAGCGGGCCGGCCGCAAGGGGGCCGGCUCGGCCGGCCGGCGGCCCGCCAAGGCCGCCGCCGCCGCGGCCAAGAAGCCCGGCCCCGGCGCCCUGCCCGGCCCGGACAUGACCCGCAUCGAGGUGGGCACCGUGGACGGCAUGCAGGGCCGCGAGAAGGAGGUCAUCAUCCUGUCCAUGGUCCGGUCCAAUGACGACGGCGAGGUGGGCUUCCUGGCCGAUGUGCGCCGGCUGAAUGUGGCCAUCACCCGGGCCCGGCGCCUGUUGGUGGUCAUCGGCUGCAGUGCCACCCUCGACCGGGACCCGGACCUGGCCACCUUCGUCGACCAUCUGACCGCCCAUGCGGACCUCCAAACCGCGGACUUCUACCCGCUGGACUCCCUGCCGGACCUGCCGGACCCGGAUGCCCUGGGCGAUGGCAACUGACUGCCUCGCAUCUCUCGCUGGCCGGGGGGCGGGCGGGCG